ACACUCUAUUUAUCGAAUAAUUUAUCUAAUGCUCAAAAGUAACGGCAUGAAUUAGUCGUGGGUAUUCGACGAUGUAUAAAAUGAUUUUGGGCUCAUAUAUGGUAACUUAGUUAUUGUGGUAACACAACGCGGUAAUUAAUGAAAAUUGUGUAUAAAACAAACGUCAUGACUAAUUUUACUUUGUACUUAAUGCGCUCGGUUAUAAAAGUACCAACUAGAAUCAUAUUAAAAUAUAAUGUUAAAUGAACAUACUUAAGUAGACUAUUGUUCGCAAUGUCGUAAUUGAAUGUAACUAUUCAAUUUAAAUGCGAAUGCCCCAUGUAACAUGCGAACUGAUAAAUGUUCUGAAUGUUAAACCUUUAUCACGUGUACUUGUGUACAUGCGAGUGUAUUGCUCGCCAAACAGUGUAACAUUUGUGUUCGUGUUGAGCGUUAUAACAAAAUGACAACGAAAAUUAACUUAACAACUCCAAAUGGUGUAGAACUGGAGUAUUAUUUUGCAAAGGGAAUAUAUUUCAGACCCUCAGGUAUAGAGCACAUGACCGUGGGUGACCUGUCCAAACAACUUGAGAACGUGCAAAACCUUCCGAUUCGUGAGGACGACGUCUACCUUGUUACGUUUCCAAAGUCAGGAACCCACUGGCUCUGGGAAAUCGUCCGCAUGCUACGAAAGGAUAAAGCCGAGUACGACAAGGACGUAAAAGAAGUAGCAUUCCUUGACUUCAGGUCCACAGAACAAAUCGAGGAACUUCCGUCUCCUCGAGUAAUCAACUGUCAUUUUCCCGUACAUCUUACUCCGCGGGAGGUAUUCACAAAAGGCAUCAAAAUUAUUCACGUGCAAAGGAAUCCAAAGGAUAUCGCCGUUUCGUACUUCAAUCAUUUGUUCAAGUUGAGAAAAGCGCCUUCACCGCUGACAACGUUUAGCGAUUUCCUGCCGUUAAUGCUCGGGUCGUACGGCAUUGAUGUAUUUUAUCCUUGGUAUAAAUAUGUCAAGGAGUGGGAAAGGUUUUCAAAAAAACAUCCUGAUCAAAUUCUUAACUUGUACUUUGAAGACGUAAAAGAGAACCCUGUUCGAGAGAUUCACAAAAUCAAUGAGUUCCUGGCAACAAGAUGCAGCAACGAGCUUAUUGCCGAGAUAUCUGAGGCAUGCGAGUUUGAAAAUAUGAAGAAAGCGGACGCUGAAGUGAAAUCCAAAAAGGCGUUUUUCAAACAUGAAGGACCUUCCCAAAUGUAUCGUAAAGGUGAAGUUGGUGAUUGGAAGAACUGGUUUACGGUGAGUGAAAACGAGCAGAUGGACCGCUGGCUCAGCGACAAUCUAAUAGACACCGACUUGAAGUUCAGAUAUGCAUUGUAACGAUGAACAUUGAUUUGCCAUUGGGUUUAGCCUCGUGUAAUAUUAUAGUUUUGGCUAUCAGCAUAGUAUUGAAAGUGAAUUAAUCCUCGUGUUCAGCUAUCUCUUGUUUUUAUCAACAUUGAAUUAUAUUUAAGUUACUGUGAAAACAUUGAUAUUCGCCACGAAAUAAUUUUUGUAUAUUUGCCAUCGGAGCGAUUGACGAAUUUAAGUUCGUAACGAAUAAUUAUGUCCAAUCUUUAAAUACAUUGUAUAUAUGACCUUUGACCUUGAAUGAUGACCUUGACCUUUUCCACUUACAAUGUUCAGUUCUAUGAGAUCCACAUGCAUGCCGAAUAUCAAGUUGCUAUCUUUAAUAUUGCAAAAGUUAUGACCAAUGUUAAAGUUUGUUCAAACAAACAAAACAACAAACAAACAAUAGACUGGUGGACAUAAAAAAUGGAAAACUUAAUUACCGUAUGCAUGAGUGAGAUUCCAAAGUAAUCGACGCUGUUUCUGUUUCGAAAUCUAGAUAAAAUCAGAUAUUACACAAAAGGGAGUACCUUAUUCAAUCAACUGACACUUGACAUUUCCUGUAAAACGCUAAUGCACUAAAGCUGUAUCGAUGGCGUUAACUUCGUUUACGUAGAAUAGUAGGGAUGAAUUUUUAACAACGUUAUUACCCAUUGUGUGUAUUGUGUUGUUCAGGGUUGUUGCAGCUUAAAGGCCAACCCGCGGCGGAUGAAAGACAAUAAACGAAAUUAAAAGAUGACGAUGUGUUGUCAACACCUUAUUGAAAUGGUUUUUGCGCUUUUAUUACAAAUAUUACAAAGAAAUGAAAACAUAAGGAUUUUUUUGUUUAAUUUUGACCAAAAUUGUAAAUUUAUAACGUUAGUGUGCACUGGAUACUGGUUUCGACUAUUUUAACCAAAACAUGUCAAUGCAUGUUAUCAUCGACAUAUUAUUGUCUGAUAUACUAUACACUUGGCUUGCUGUAAAGAUUUGAAUGCUUGAGAUUUUAAAACACGUGUAGAUUUUACAAUUUUAAUGCAUUGCACAGACGGUGAACAGGUAGCAAUAGAACCUGUUUCAGCCACUUUAUAACUGCAAUGUAUAUACAAAAUAUAGAAUAUAAAGUAUU